AUGAAGGAAGGAGGGAUUUUACUGGUGAGAAGUGCGAAUGGGGCUAGAGCAUUUCUUUACCCUGUGGUUGAAGAGCAUGACUUGGUUGGAUUUGAGGUUCUAUCCAUCUUUCAUCCAACUAAUGAUGUGAUCAACUCUAUUGUACUUGCUCCCUUGGGGAAGAACAAGCAGCCACACGUUGCACUCUGUGCUGAUCUGAAGAUUGCUCUGAAAGGUUUGAAUAGGUUGCUGGAGAAGAAGGGAGCUAAGUCCCUGCUCGAUUUCUCUGCUUGGAGAGACGAAAUCAAUGAACAGAAAGCAAAAUACCCAUUAAGCUAUAAAAAUUUAGGAGAAGCAAUUCCUCCACAAUAUGCAAUUCAAGUUCUGGAUGAAUUAACUGAUGGUAAUGCUGUUAUAAGCAUAGGUGUUGGGCAACACCAAAUGUGGUCUGCACAAUUUUACAAGUACAAAAAGUCUCGUCAGUGGCUAACAUCUGGUGGUCUAGGAGCUAUGGGUUUUGGCUUGCCUGCUGCUAUGGGGGCUGCAAUUGCAAGACCAAAUGCUCUAGUGGUAGACAUCGACGGCGAUGGAACCUUCAUCAUGAAUGUCCAAGAAUUGGCGACGAUAAGAACAGAGAACCUGCCUGUGAAGAUCUUGUUACUGAACAAUCAACAUCUGGGUAUGGUUGUUCAAUGGGAGGACAGAUUCUAUCAUUCCAACAGAGCACAUACAUAUUUAGGGAACCCAUCAAAAGAAGAAGAGAUUUUCCCAGACAUGUUGAAGUUUGCUGAGGCAUGCGAUAUUCCAGCUGCGAGAGUGACAAAGAGAUGUGAGCUUAGAGAGGCUAUGAAGAAAAUGUUGGAGAUUCCAGGACCUUAUUUGCUUGAUGUGAUUGUCCCACAUCAGGAACAUGUCUUGCCAAUGAUCCCAAGUGGUCUUUCUUUUAAGGAUGCUAUUACUAAAGGUGAUGGAAGAGCCCAGAAUUGA